AUGGAAGAUCAUGUGUCGCUUGGCGAGCAUACCCUUGCUGACAGCAAGGAAUCCCCGAUACCUACUAAAGCCCAAAAGAGAUGAAAACUCUUGCAAAACGUAAUUUUCGCUUCACAUCUUUUUAGAAACCAAGAGAUAAAAGUAAUGCAAGAUAUUAAUGAACUUGUCCAAGACCUUCAAGGUAGCCCAGCCCGAUUUGAAAUGCCUAGAACACAUACCAUGCUUGACGAUGUCCUUGACGAGCAUAAAGUUACAGAUAAACUAUUUAUCUUAAUUCAAAGAUCUUCUAAAAAAGAUUUAAAUGAUAUGGAACGACUAAUAGAAAACCACCCAAAACGAUUCGUAAGGAAUUUCAAAGAUCCUGAUUCAUAUUUGAAUAAGAAAAACAUCCAAGGGAUAAGGCCACUAUAUGAGGCCUCUAAACAUGGGUAUUUGGAAACUGUACAAAUUUUGCUUGAUUAUGGUGCUGACUGCCAUUUAAAAAGUAAUUUGAGGAAAAACGAAGAGGAAAAUGCUUUGCAGGUUGCUGUAAGAUGGGGUCAUUUUGAAGUUGUUAAACUGUUUCUGCAAAAUUCGACUUGAAGAAAAGAUGAAUUAAAAGCUGCAUUAAAAUUAUCAAAUAAUCCUAAAAUUUCUGAAAUUAUCAGAUCAUAUAUGCCAAAAGGUCGUUUUUGCAUGUGCAGAUAG